AUGGGGGUGGGCAAGGUGAAAGAGGUGCUGGUGCCGGGGCCCCAGGGCACAGUGAUGGUGGAGUUCCCGGACGGCACGAGGGAAGCCAAGGUCCAGCUUCUGCGUCCGGUGGAGGAUGCGCAGCCCCUGUGCCGCCUGUCGGCCGGGGAGUGCUUUGGCGAGCUGUCGUUGUUGUACAACACUCGGCACCUGGCAACCUGCAAAUCCGUGGAGCCUUCCGUGGUCUAUGCCGUGCCUUACCAGGUCUUCAAGCAGUGCUUCGGCAAGCGCGAGCGGCCGCAGGUUCAGGCGUGGAUCAAGCUGUUGGAUGAGGUGAACUUCCUGAACCCGCUGGUGAGGUCGGAAAGGGCAGAGGUGGCCCGAAACGCGGUGGGGCAAAUGAGCUUUAAGCCCGGCGAGUGGGUCAUGACGCAGGGCGAGAUGACAGAGCAGCUUUGGUUCGUUGUCGAGAAGGGUGGCUGCAAUAUGAUGCGCAAAGACUCAGCAGGCCAGGUGGAGUUUUCCGCGGAGCUCCGGCGAGGCCACCACUUUGGCGAGCGGGCCAUUUUCCUGCAGCAGCGAGUGGCGGAAGUCACAGUGCAGGCUGGCCCCAAGGGCAUGUGCUGCCUCGUGAUCGACGGCGAGCUGCUGCGGCAUCUGCCGCUGAACGUGGAGGGCCAAGAGACGGACUUCGGAGUGCCGGGCACCAGGGCGUCCUUGGUGGAUUAUCACAGGGGCGCUGCGGCGGCCCAGCGGGUGAAAGAUGAGAUCCCCUUCGAAGAGCUGGAGCGCAGAGCGGUGCUCGGUGAGGGCGGCUUCGGUGCGGUUUACCUCUGCCAGCGCCGCAACGAGCCAGACGUCGAGUACGCGCUCAAGCGGCUGUCCAAGGGCUACAUCGUGCAAGCCAACGCCGAGAAGCAAGUCUGCGCGGAGCGGGACAUCCUGUCCAUGAUGGAUAGCGACUUCAUCAUUCGCUUUUUUGGCUCCUACCAGGACAGCGAGUAUGUCUACAUGCUAAUCGAGCUGGCGCCGGGCGGGCAUUUGUUCCAGCUUCUCUGCGACAAGCCGCAGGUGCUUCUGUCUGACAGGCCUCGAGGCAGCGCCGCCAUGUUCUACUGUGGCUGCGUGACGCUGGCGCUGGAGUAUCUCCACGAGCGCCGCAUUGCCUACAGAGACCUGAAGCUCGAGAAUGUUCUCCUUGACUCCCGGGGUUACGCCAAGCUCUGCGACCUCGGCUUCGCGCGUUUUGUGCUGAGCAAGACCCACACUUUGCUGGGCACUCCCGAGUACAUGGCUCCAGAGAUGAUUGACCCACCUCACGCUCACAACCACAUGGUUGACUGGUGGGCUUUGGGCGUCUUAGCCUUUGAGAUGCUGAGCGGACAGGCACCUUGGGACAGCAUGGGCUAUGACGACAACCCCAUGGGGCAGCUGCUGGCGCUGCGCGAGAGCUUCAACCAGGGUCUACCUGAUGGCUUCCUGCCUGCUGCGCUACACCUUGCCAAGCACUUCAUCAAGCAGCUCUUGGUGGUGACCCCUGCGCGGCGUUUGGGCGCCAACGGGGCGGAGGAGGUGAAGAAGAGUGGUUGGUUCAAGUCCGGCACCUUCUCUUGGGACCAGCUGACUGCGCGCAAACUGCCACCGCCCUACACGCCUCCACCUGUGACCUACUCGGAGGAGGAGAUUGCAAAUGCGAAGCCGGCUAAGGCGUCGCGAGAGAGUAUGGCAGAGAGCAGGAAUAAGCUCUUUGUGCAGAGCACCACCACGGAUGACUGGGCGGCCGAUUUUUGA